UGAACAUUCUUAACGCCCCACAACGUCCCUGACAAUCCCGGCUUGAUUGCAUUUUCCAAUGGAGGGCUUACCUAACCUUGGCAGUCCCUGCCCCACAAGCAGCCGAUGAUGUAACUUUGGGAAUGGUACCGAAGCGAAGCUUCCAACUUCGCGGCUCGAGACCGCUUCUUCCCACGGAAUGGCGCCAGCGGGGGAGCGCCAGCUUUGAGGAAACACGGCUUCCGCCAAUUGUGGCAACUAGUUGAUUAUGCCGACCAUGAGAAUCAACACAGUUUCCAGAGAAUUUGGAAGUCACCGAUAAUGAAACCCCUCUACAUUUAACUCUCCCCGACUCCAGACUCGAACCACAACCGCAAUUACGACCACGAUCACGAUCACCCACACUACGACUACGGCCGCGAUGGCUUUGCACCGCGGAAAUAUUAUACGCCUCAACCGUCUCAAAUUUCCGGUAUACUCGCAGGGCCAAACCGGUUUUAUUACAACAAGAACCAGACCGCAGUUAGUAAAUAAUGGCUCUGGGCUCUCUUUCGACCGGCAACCCCCCCGGCGUUGCCUGUUCUUGUCGCCCCAGAGGCGUCGGUCGAAAGUGCGCGCUACCAAGCUGAUAUCGGUGACGCUCACUGGCGCAUUGCUCGCGUUGUGGCUAUUCCCGACUGAUGCCUUGCAGCAUACCGACUCCAGGGCGAAGUUGGCCCCUGGGAACCCCAAGGAUGAGGAUGUGGCAGCCUCGAACGAGGACCAGAGCGCCUGGGCCACGUUCUCACGGAACUUUAGCGCCCUCUCAUUCGUACCCUCGACAGACGGGCUUUCCGACAGGGUUGUGGACCUGAUCAUGCCGGACUGGGCCAAGCUCGUCCCCGGCUAUGUCAAGAAGCUGCAGCGCGAGAUGGACAUGGCGCCUGGAUCAUUGGCGGCUGAAAUAUGGCAGGAGGCACACGAUCCGUUUACGCACCCGGAGAUCCAGUACUCGGCCAAGGUUCGCGUGUCGGGGGAACUGUGUGACGAGGAAAAGACCUUUCUGGAGCGGAGGCGGAAGAUGAUCGUACCCGCGCUGGCCCGGUUUUUAGGAGUUGAAGAAAGGGAUAUCCAUCCGGAUGACGUCCCUACUAUUGCUAUGUGCGGUUCUGGCGGCGGCCUGAGGGCUUUGGUUGCCGGGACUGGUUCGUUUCUCGCAACCGCUGAGGAUGGGCUCUUCGACUGCGCGACGUACGUGUCGGGGGUCAGCGGCUCCUGCUGGCUACAGUCCCUCUACUACUCGUCAGUGACCGGAGCGAAUUUCCACAACGCUAUUGACCACCUCAAGGCACGCCUCGGUACCCACAUCGCCUACCCACCGGUCGCCUUCGCCGCAUUGACGACGUCGCCUACGAACAAGUACCUGUUCAGUGGCCUGGUGGAGAAACUCAAGGGUGAUCCCCGCUCUCAAUUUGGCCUCGUCGAUGCCUACGGCAUGCUUCUAGCAGCAAGGCUUUUGGUCCCAAAGGGUGAACUCGGGGUUAACGAGAAGGACUUCAAACUAUCGAAUCAGCGAGAAUACAUGAAAUAUGGGCAGAACCCACUGCCUAUCUACACCGCCGUGCGGCACGAGAUACCGGAGCUGGACUCGCCCGACUACGGUGGUCCGGGCUCUUUAACCGAAGAGGCAAAGGAUAGGGCCAAAAGGGAAGCGUGGUUCCAGUGGUUCGAGAUCACUCCAUACGAGUUCUUCUGCGAAGAAUUCUCGGCCGGCAUCCCCACCUGGGCCAUGGGCCGCAGGUUCAAAAACGGGUCAGACUUGCCCUCAGAUUCGGGCUUCCGUCUCCCCGAGACCCGCCUACCUUUUCUCUUGGGAACCUUUGGAAGUGCAUUUUGUGCCACUCUGAGCCAUUACUACCGCGAGAUCAGACCGAUCGUCAAGAGCCUCACUGGCUUCCAGUCACUCGAUGACCUGAUAUGGGGGCACAACAAAGACCUGAGCAAAGUCCAUCCUAUCGAACCGCCCAGCAUCCCCAACUUUGUCCACGGAAUGUACGGUCAGCUCCCCAACACGGUACCACAAGGCGUCUACGACAACGAGUAUCUCCAACUCAUGGACGCGGGCAUGUCCAACAACCUCCCCAUCUACCCGCUCCUCCGCCCCGGCAGAGACGUUGACAUCAUCCUGGCGUUCGACGCGUCGGCCGACAUCAAAACGGACAACUGGCUUUCUGUCGUCGAGGGCUACGCCCGCCAGCGGAACAUCAAAGGCUGGCCCGUAGGAGCCGGCUGGCCCAAAUCCAGCUCGCCCUCCGUCACCGCCUCGGAGCUCGAGCAAGCGCAAGCCCACUCGACCGCCGAAGCCGAAGGCAAAAUCACCCAGGCCAAAACCGACCAAGCGGCCCGCCACCCGGAACGCAGCAGCCCAGGCUCCCCAACACACGGAACACACGGCCCACCCAAGCCGCCCGGGUCGCAGCCCAUGAAGCCCGAGUCGCAGCGGCAGUCGGAGGCGGCCAGCGAGCUGGGGUACUGCACGGUGUGGGUGGGGACGACGCAGGAGCGGGCGACGACGGACCCGCCGCCGCCGCCCGUGGACGACGCGUCGGCGUGGCGCCUCACGCACCCGGACGCGGGCAUCGCCGUCGUGUACCUGCCCUUCCUGGCCAACGACCGCGCCGCGCCCGGCGUCGACGUCGCCGUCUCCGACUACAUGAGCACCUGGAACUUUGUCUACUCCCCGCCGCAGAUCGACGAGGUGAUUGCGCUUGCUCGGGCGAAUUAUGCUGAGGGCCGCGACCAGAUCCGCGCUACCGUGCGCGCGGUUUAUGAGCGCAAGAAGAAGCGGCGGUUGGAAAGGGAGGGGCGCGCGGAGAGGGCUGAGUUGCGGAGGCUGGUGAGGAGGGGCGAUGUGAGUGGGUUGGGCGAGGGUGACCACUUUAGCUAGUGUUGCAUGCUUGCGAUGUGAAGUUAUGACGUGAUGGGUAACAUGAUCGUUGGAUAAUAAAUAUCAAAGUUGAAAGAAGC